UUUGCUUGUAAGUUACAGCCUCUACGUAUCAUUUCAAUUACGCGAACGACGCCUGCUUCAUGUAACAUACAAAUUAUUUAUGAUUUCACUGAUUUACCAAUUAAUUGGAAUCAGCCUUGAAAUUUAUAGUCUCGCCUAUCGUGGCGCAACAGGAUUCGAAUCUCGUCGAGCUGAACUUUUUGGCAAUCUCUUCGAAUUAUGUGCAGAAACGUUGUUUACUCUGUUGAUACUCCUUCUGGCCCUAGGGUACACAGUAACUAAAAGUGUUCUAUCAAACAAACAAUUAUGGUGUCUUAUUUGGUUCAUUGGAACUAUUGUUUUCCUGCAACUGGUGCUUUUUAUCUAUGAAGCCGAGGUCUUUGAUCCUGGAUUGGUUCUUUAUAUUUACGAGUCACCUCCUGGUUUCGGACUUAUGGCUCUCAAAGUACUCGCUUGGGGUGUCUUUGUAGCCUGUUGCUACCGAACCAGCCGUAAAAGCAGCACCAAGUUUCAUUUUUAUGCUUCAUUACUGUCACUCGGGUCCGCGUGGUUUCUUUGUCAUCCUCUCACGGUACUUGCAAUCACGUUUGCUGUUGAUAAAUGGGUGAGACAAAGUGUUGUAAAAGGUUGUUCACUGUGGAUUAUCUUUGUUGGACACGCAAUGUUUCUUUACGUCACACGACCCACAUCUUCCAACGAACGUUUUCCAUUUCACAUAAGAACAUGGCAAGUGGUCCCCAUCGCCGUUGGACAAAAUCAUAAUUAUGAACCAAGGAGAGGUGGUACUGCUGCAAUUUUUACUAUAAACUUAAAUAGGAAUCGCGCAAGACCCGCAUAAAAUUAAUUAUUAAUAAUAA